CAUCUAUACGGAGAAAAAAUGAUGCAAAGUGAUAAUGUUGAAUCUGAAUGGUAUUCCAUUGAUCAAAAUGAUAAUGUUUUAUAUAUCUGAAUGUUACUUGAUUGGCUCCGUACAUACAAAGUUUCAUUUUCAACAAGGUAGGAUAAAAAGUUCAGAUCAUUUAUAUAUUAUUUGAGCCAAUCAAACCGUUCUAAAGUUGCAAAUUACAGCAAUAAGUGUCAAAAUUACGAUUUUUUCUACAUUACAACGAUUUAAAACAAAAAAAGUGUUGGCAGGGACCAUAAAUUUAUAGUGAAACCUAAACAUAUGAUAAUAUUUUUUAGACAUCAAGUGGUCUUCAAAACCUUAUAUAAGAACACAUAGAGACAUAUCUAAACACACAACAAGUUUCUAAAAGAAAAAGAUGGUUAGUUUGGAAACCACUCCUGCCCUUCAGCUCCCGGUCAUCGACUUCACAAGUCCAAACCUAAAACCAGGAACUGUAGAAUGGGACUCAGUGAGAGGCGAUGUCCGAAGAGCUUUAGAAGAGUAUGGAUGUUUUGAGGCCUUGUUCGACAAAGUUCCUGUCGAACUUCGAAAGGCGGUUUUCGAUGUCUCUGAGGAGGCUUUUCAGCUACCUUUAGAGACCAAAAAGAGAGUUGUGUCAAAGAGAAAGUAUAGAGGAUAUGUGGGUCAGAUUCCAUCUUUACCUCUUUUUGAAGUCAUGGGUGUUGACUUUGCAGAAAAUGAAGAUAAAGUCAAUGAGUUUACUCACAAGCUUUGGCCCCAAGGCAAUGGAAGUUUCAGUGAGGCGGUCAUGUCAUUCGCGGAGAAAGUGUCAGAACUGGACUUCAUGACCAGGAGAAUGAUAAUGGAGAGUUUUGGGGUCAAUGAAAACUACAUUGAGAAACAUUUGAACUCGACCAAAUGUCUUGUGAGAAUGAUGAAGUACCAAGGAGUUGAAGAAACAGAAGAAGAGUUAGGUAUGGAGGCUCAUACAGACAGAAACAUGCUCACCAUACUCUGCCAGAACGAUGUAAAAGACGGACUAGAAGUGAGAACUAGUGAUGAUAAGCAAUGGAUCAAAGCCAAUCCUUCUCAAGAUUCUUCAUUCAUCGUUCUUGGAGGAGCUACACUACACGUGCUUCUUAAUGGUCGGGUGCUAACUGGUGUUCACCGAGUGAUGAGGAUGGGAACUAACACAAGAUUCUCAGCUGGACUGUUCUCGGUUCCGAAAACAGAGGAUUUGAUAUAUGCACCAGAGGAAUUGGUUGAUCCUGAGCAUCCUCGCUUGUAUAAGCCAUUUGAUUUUGAAGCAUACUUUCAGUUCACUACUGAGGGGCCCGGAAGAAGAGAUGUAGCUGCACUCAGGGGUUAUUGUGGCCUUUGAGAAUACAAUAAUAACGUCUUUUCUUCAAAAAUAUAAAUAAGAAUAAGAAGAAACUUGUUUGAUUUGCUGUUUAAAACUUUUUAUGUAAACCCAUCUCCAUCAGAAAUAAAAUGAAUAAUGAAGAUAAAAUUUCA